GAUAAUUGCAGCUAUAUGUCCCCGGGCACAGGGAUAAACAACACCGCACCUGACACAGACAAGGUCACGGGACCCGGUGUAGUGUCACUUCCUAGUACUACAACACCCAACAGGUGCCGGGUCACUACAGAUAACAGAAGCUUAGAGCCGACUGCCCCGGGACAUCACCAUGGUUUUGCAGUAUCAAGUGCUAAUGGAAUCGCCAUUAUGAAUGAUUUAGAGAGAGAGACCUUUCACUCAUUGGAAGAAGAAAAAGAAUAUUGGAAAGAUCUGGCAGCAAAAUAUAAGAAGUGUUCAGAGGAUUCUCAGGAAGAACUCCAGGAAUUCCAGGAGGCAAGUCGAGAAUAUGAGGCUGAGCUGGAAGCACAACUUCACCAGACCGAGGCCAGGAACAGAGAUCUCCUGACUCAGAAUAACAGACUGCGCAUGGAACUGGAGUCCAUUCGGGAAAAGUAUGAGGAGCACCAUGCGGCAAGCUACACCCAGAUCUGUACACUAGAAAAUGAGCUUUCCCAAACCAGAGCUGUCCGGGAUCAACUACAGAAAUACAUUCGAGAACUGGAGCAAUCUAAUGAUGACUUGGAGAGAGCUAAGAGAGCAACAAUCAUUUCCUUAGAGGAUUUUGAACUACGUUUAAAUCAAGCGAUUGAGAGAAAUGCAUUUCUUGAAAGUGAACUGGAUGAGAAGGAAAAUGAUCUUGAGUGUAUCCAGAGGCUAAAAGAUGAAACUCGAGACUUGAAACAAGAGCUAGCAGUUCAGCAAAAGCAGGAGGUGCUAAAACGUAGCAAAAGCGGUAUCCAAGAAAGUGAGCGUGUAGACACAGCCGUACAAGCUUCCAUAUCUGUACCGUCAACCCCUGUGGGUCACAGGGGGUCCAUUUCUAGUGUGAGCACUCCAAUGCAGUUCAGAAAAAGUUUGGAUGAUGGGUAUAGUGGUACACCGCUAACGCCAUCUGCAAGGAUAUCUGCAUUAAACAUUGUAGGGGAUCUGCUAAAGAAAAUCUGCAUUCCUUUCCCUCAGGCAUUGGAGUCCAAGCUGGCGUCUUGCAAAAAUUUUGUGUAUGAACAGUCACCCAAUAGACCCGUGGCACCAUUGUUGGCUCAUGUGAACAACACUAGAGAGUACAAUGAAAAUAGGCUCAGCAUGCCUACUGUCGCCCCAGGGGGAAAGGGGUUCAUUAAGCGACUGGAGUUUGGAUCAUUGUCCCAAAAUGUAUCUGUCCAAGCCAUGCAGUCUCCUCAGGGAAUAGUCAAGAUGAUACUGUAGAGAAUGUAGCACUAUGGACUUUAACUUAUUAAUUUUUAGUGGCAUUUUAAUCAUGACAAGAAAUGGCAUGGACUUUGUACAAGAGAUGUAAUGAAGACCUCAAGAACUAUGAUCCAUUCGAGAAUUUCAAGGGAUCAGUAAUGGUGGUCAUGCACUGAACAUUCCUCAUUCACCUCGUUUUUUUUUUUUUUUCUUUUUAUCAAUGGUUUAACAUUUGAAGAGAUGGAAUAAAGUAUGUGACUUUCUGAUGGUUUAUGUAUGUUCACAAUGAUAAAGGGACUUUUCUUCUUGAGAAUAUUGGCACUGUUGGGUUAAACAUGUUUGAAGAUUUAUUCAAGUAAAGAUGAAGGGUUUUUCUAUUAAAAAAAAAAAAACACAUUCCAUACCCGUCCUUGGGAUGGCCUAUGAAUGAGUGAUUGUUAGGGGCUUGAACUCUGGGUCUCCCAACAGUCAGCGAAAUGAUGGCGCUGUGGUGAUCUCUAUAGAGCGUCAAGCUUUUUAUUGUGAAUCCAGACACGAUGGGUUGUCUCCAUACUGGAUGAGGCAAUAACUGAUAUCGAGCUAUGAUUUGCAGCUCCGCUCCAGUGGCUUAUGCCGUAAGCACCAGAGCCCUUUCAUUCUGUUGAGAGACCUGAGACCCCAUCCAAUGACACAUUGAUAGUUGAGCCAUAGGACUAUUUUAACAUAAUUUUUAAUUUUUUUGCAAUUGUUUUUAUUUCACCAAGAGUACUUACUUUAUAAAGACUUGCUAAGCUCCACCACAAUGAUGCCUGUACUGCAUUGCUAGCUACAAUGGAUCUCCAGUUUUCUGCUUUUUGUAAAACUUUUAUAGAGGGGUUCCUAACCUUGUUUAGACUUAAGGGGGUAUUCCAGGCAAAACCUUUUUUUUUAUAUAUCAACUGGCUCCAGAAAGUUAAACAGAUUUGUAAAUUCCUUCUAUUAAAAAAUCUUAAUCCUUCCAAUACUUAUUAGCUUCUGAAGUUUUCUGUCUAACUGAUCAAUGAUGAUAUCACGUCCCGGGAGCUGUGCAUGAUGGGAGAAUAUCCCCAUAGGAACUGCACAGCUCCUGGGACGUGAGUCAUCAGAGAGCAGUUAGACAGAAAACAACUCAACUUCAGAAGCUAAUAACUAUUGGAAGGAUUAAGAUUUUUUAAUAGAAGUAAUUUACUAAUCUGUUUAACUUUCCGGAGCCAGUUGAUAUAUAAAAAAAAAAAGUUUUGGCCUGGAAUACCCCUUUAACAUAAGUAGGUUACUUUUAUAUUCUAAUCUUUGUUCACUAUUUUCCAUUUCUCUGUAUGCACAACCCGCUAUGAAGCGAUGGAUGUUUUUAUUCCGGUUGUCAUUGCUACAUCUGCAGACAUGUGUUUAAUUUUUUUUCCCCAUUAUUCUUGACUAGAUGUAAUACAAUAAAAUGUUAGAUAACUGCAUUACCAUCAAUUCUUAUAUGGGAUUAAAAAGCACAUAUAAAAUGUUACCAAUCAUGUGACCACGGGUUCCAAAAUGUUAUUAUGGAGGACUGGAAUUGCUCAUUGCAGUUGUGUGAUUUGUUACUAUAGAUCACAUGUCAUCACGCAGGAACUUGUACACAGGAUUGGCAAGUGAACAAGCAGAAUGUUGGUGUGGAAAGUGUUGUAAGCCUAUAUAAAUCGUGUGUACAUGCUAUGCAAUGUGAUAGUAAACUUUAUGUAUUCUUUACUAAUUUACAAAUGUGUUAAGGACAUAGCCAUGACAACCAGAAUUAUAAUAUCUAGUAACAUAACAUAAGGAUAAAAGUACUUGAUAAUGGUGUUUGUUAUUAGAGAUGAGUGAACUUACAGUGAUUCGAUUCGUCAUGAACCUCGCGGCUCGGCGGUUGCUGACUUUUGCCUGCAUAAAUUAGUUCACCUCUUCCAGCCCACCGGAGCACCUGAAAGCUGAAAUAAUUUAUGCAGGCUAAAGUCAGCAACUGCCGAGCCGAGAAUUUUGUGACGUAUCGAAUCACUGUAACUUCGCUCAUCUCUAUUUGUUAUUGAGUAAAAAAAAAAAAAAAUGUAUGUAUUUUUAAUUUAUUUCACAACUAAACUGCUUUAUCUCUAAAGGUUUAGGACUCCUUUAUAUUCUGUCAGAAAGGGUUGUCUGGGACCUGUCAUGGGUCGUAUGUUCUGUAAUCUCAUUAAAGUUUGAUUGACAUCAAAAGUUAAA